AUAGUUUUUGUCAUUCAAAAAGAGUUUUAGUUCGUUAUUGUCUCGUUGUCGUCAUUGACGAAAGUUAUAACGAAAAUUAUUCAACGAAAUUAACACUGUUUUAGAUGCUGCUUAUACUUGUGCAAUCGAUACUGCCUUAUUGGGACCUUACUUGUCCCUUUCCCUAAAGCCCACCCCUACACAUGGCUCUAACCAUAUUGAAUCUGCUGAUCAGUAAAGUUGUCCCUCAAAGGUCCAGGAAAGGAGCCACGUAACAAACUGAAUGUGGUAACAAUAUGAGCUGCAUGUGUCCCGGCCAUUGUUCCAGCCUAUCUGAUCAAUGAUCAAGAACACCACAUCAAAUUGCAGUUAUAAAUAGCUUUUAAGGAACUUUAUUUCCACUUUUUGGAAAAAGGGAGAGGGAUCAGAAAAAGGUGGAUUUGAACUCAUGGUGGACACAGUUGGGGAACCAGACACACGGGAUCAAAAAAAAGAAAUUUCUAUAUACAGGCUUGGCCCCACAUACAGGUCAUUGCACUUUUAAAAAUGUUUACAGUAGGUGCAGAAAAAAAUUAUUAUUAGUUUUUAAAGAUGCAUGCCUUAAAUGCACAGUCCAACUACUCAAAUCACUGCAUGAUGUUGUUGGAAACUGACUAACUAAUCCCCACACCAUUGUCUAGGAUGUAUUCUUAAUGAUCAGGCGUCACAAAACCACAAUCUUCACUGACGCCAAAGAAUCCACAACCGUCUAUGAGUUGAAACGCAUUGUGGAGGGCAUCCUGAAGAGGUCCCCAGAGGAACAGAGACUAUACAAGGAUGAGCAGCCUCUAGAAGACAGUAAAACACUAGGAGACUGUGGCUUCACAAAUCAGACAGCCAGACCACAGGCUCCUGCAACUGUAGGACUGGCCUUUCGUAUCGAUGAUGCAUUUGAGCCCCUGCAGGUGGAACCAUUUUCCAGCCCUCCUGAACUUCCUGAUGUUAUGAAACCACAGGACUCUGGCAGUACAGCCAAUGAACAGUCAGUGCAAUGAGCUGCACCCUAAUGGCUAGAGUAUCAGGAGUGUACUAAAGCUGAGCUAGGUGGGGACUGAUACAAUGAUGUAAAGAUGCUGCAGAUGAACAUUUGAAGUCUGGCUGCCACUAACCACUGAACUAAGCCAGUUAUAAAUGUCCAGAGAAUCACUAACGAAUAAGAUUAUUGUUAUUUAUGUUUAUUUUAUUAUCUGGACUGACACAUUUUCUUCUCAAUUGACUGGCCUCAUUUUGUACAUGUUUCUUUUUUUCUUUGACUAAAUGACAUUUGACACAUUUGAAAAUGGAAAUGUUUUUCUUCAAAAAGACUGCUUUCAUUUACUAGAAAAAUAAUUGAGGUUUAAUAGCACAAAUGUCACAUGGAGCGAGCAAGUUUGGUGAACAGGUUUGAAAUGCAAAUUUGCGUGUAUCAGUUUUAACAUUUUGACAUUAAUUUGAGCAGUAAACCUGUUAUCGUGUUGUCUUUUGAUGAAGAUGGCUUAACAUUUUUGUUUUGUCUUUCCCUGUAGAUCUCCUCUGCAUUUUUUUUUCUUGAUUCUGUGUGUGGUUGUUUGUACUUGCAUUGCAUUUAAAUUCAGACCAAAGCAUACUUGCGGUUGUGUAACAACACUUGUGUUAGUAACAUUCACCACUGUGCACACUUGUGAUGUAACUUUUGUUACAUAACUGCCAGAUGUUUUUUGGUCUGUGAAGGACUGCACACUAAAAGCAUGACAUACACUAAAAACAUG